AUGCCAUAUCAGUUGUCCUUUUUUAUACAAUUGGCAUCUGCCUCGAUCUCGGUGGUAUUGUGGCGCGCAUUUCAGCCAAAAACCUGGGCCAAUCGUUUGGUAUCCAAGGUGGUCAAUUGCUUUUUGCUCUGGUGGUAUCCUAUCUAUUCAGUAGACGGCCAAACACUCAUCCCGACAUGUCCAUACCAAUUCCCGGAUGGCGGAGGGAGCAUCAAAUUUCUUGAAGGGCAAAGCAUCUCCCGUCAAUGGGCGGAAAGCUAUGGACCGAUCUAUCGCAUAUGGGUUGGUCUCACACCUGAAAUGUUGGUUAUGGCCCACCACCUUCGGACGGACAUUUUGACGCGAGCGGACGAGAUAAAAACGGUUUUCAAAGAUUCCGGAAAUCACCAGAAAGCUUCAAACCUAAACGGCGGAUGGGUCAUGGGCGACCUAGUUGGGGACGGUGUGGGUCUUAUUAGCCAAGAACACUGGAAACGAGUCCAUGCUGUGGUCUCACCACCUUUUGCCCGAAAGCCUACGGCAUACGUUCCAUUCGUCCAGGCGCGGAUUACUCGGCACUUCAGAGAUCUCUAUCGGGAAUAUGAACGCGGACAGUCACUACGAAUAAAGCCUGCUGAAGAUCUUAAACUCCUGCCUUUCUGGGUUAUAGGUGAUCUCCUAUACGGGGAGUUAUCUCCAAAAAUGGUGGAAGAACUCUUGCACAUUACUGAAUUGCGGACGGAUUUAUUCUCACCGAGCCUAAGGAAUAAGCUGUACGUUUUCCACACUCGCUGGGCCAGUUUCAAUCGACAGGCAUAUCACAAUGCAAGGAAAAGUAAUAAAGCCUCCGAUUGUGCUAUUGUGCCGUUGUACGCAGCGGUUGAGAAUGGCCAGAUCACCUCAACCGAGUUGAUGCAUACAUUGGACGAGGCUCUCUUCGCGAAUAUCGACGUCACCAUCGGCAGCUUCUCAUGGAUCCCGUCGUUUCUAGCUGAAAACACCGCUUUACAGAGCGAGCUUAGGACGGAGAUAUCUGAGGCGCGAUCUGAAAAGUCUCAAGAUUCCUGGACAAAAUACAUUGCGAGUACUUCUACUCUAUUAGCCAGCUGCAUCAGCGAAUCGGCGAGAUUGAAGCCAGUCACCAACUAUACCUAUGCGCAAUCAAUGCCCACGGACCGUGAGGUUGGUGGGUAUCGCAUCCCCAAGGGGACGUACAUGGUUGUCGACACAAAUGCAUUGAACAUUUGGGAUGACGCUUGGGGCUCCGAUAAAAUGAGCUUCCGGCCUCGAAGGUUCUUGGAGGAAUCCAAGGCGAACUUUCGAUAUCGCUUUUGGCGUUUUGGCUUCGGGCCUCGCCAAUGCAUCGCACAGGCGUUAGCAGAUACGAUCCUGAAAGUACUCGUUGCAUAUACAGUCGAGCAUUAUCUUCUGAAGUCCCCAGGUCAAUGUGUCAGGAACCAAACUGAGCUUCAGAAACGAGCAGACGCAUGGUUCAAGGUCGCCGAGCAGGAGAUUAUCUUGGAGCCUAUUUAA